AUGCACUUCUCAUCUCUGAUCCUUCUCGCCUCCGUCGGCUCCUCGGCGGCCACGUUCUUCAACGGCGGCUGCGGGUGCCAGCCGCCCCCAAUCUGCCUGCCGCCGCCCCCGCCGAUGUGCUUCACGACGAUCCAAUUGCCGCCGAUCCAGGUGCCAGUCAUCCCUUUGCCACGUAUUGAACUGCCCCAACCGUGUUGUCCGACGUGUGCGUGCGGCAGAAAGAAGAGAGGCAAGAAAAAGGGUAUCGGCAUGAAAAUGACGAGCGAAUGAAUACUUUCAGAGGUUGACACGGGAGUCGCAGAGGAAACGGUCAGCACGAAGGACGUCUCCUGCAACGACGACGCGCUUCUCGCCAUUAUGAAAAAGGUUCGUGGGGCAUUUUUGGAAAUGUACAGUAGUGACUCAAAGUGAUCAUGCUAACGUACGUGCCUGAUCCUGUGAUCCCCUGAAACGCAGCUAAGAUGCGUGACAUCAUCAGCACCUGUUCCCUCCGAUAUCAUCGGUCAUAAGCCCGUUCCGUCUCUUUGCGCCGUCGAAUUAUUAUCGUCAUCUUCUUUUUCGUUGUUCUUUUCCCGUAUUGCGUAGACUGCCAAGACAGGAAUCCCGAGAAAAGAUAAAAAGAGAAAGAGGGAUGAAAAAGAAGAAGGCGUCACUGAUCACAUGACUAAAAGGCUUCUAUUUCAGGAGAUGAUCACUGGCGAGUCGUCGGCCGUCAAGAUCGCCCUCGUGGAGGCUGCCGAGCAAGAACUCGGAGGAAGAUUCACAGUCGUGUGCUCGCAGGGAGCCUUCUCUUUCGUCACCUCGACCACCAACUACUGCUUGCACUCGCAGGGAGGACUCAAUUGUUACUUGUUCAAGACACAGUAA